GAUUCAGCCUCCGAUCGUAUGUCAUUUUUCUCAUUUGUUGGUGGCAAAGACCUCUGUUUCAAGGGCAUCACCCGUUCAAUAUGCUCUCCAUUCUGUCGCUCGCGACUAUUUGCGCCUCAUGGGCCUCGGUCGCUACCGCUCUGCCGAAGAUCCCUUUGGCUCCGGGGAUAUCUUCUGAUGAUGUCAAACAGGGAUCGGGCUUUUUUACGCAAUUGCUUGAUCAUGAUCAUCCUGAAUUGGGAACGUUUUCUCAGCGCUGGUGGUGGAAUGACCAGUAUUGGAAGGGCCCUGGAUCACCGAUCGUAGUAUUCCAGCCUGGCGAAGGAGAUGCUUCUGGGUACACGGGGUACCUGAGCAAUAAAACAUUGAGCGGCCUUUAUGCCCAGGAAAUGGGUGGUGCUGUUCUCAUUCUUGAACACCGGUACUAUGGCGAAUCUUCUCCUGUUCAGGAAUUGACCCCAAAGACCAUGCAACACCUUACUUUUAAGAAUGCGCUCGCCGAUACCGUCAAUUUUGCAAAGAAUGUCCAACUACCCUUUGACAACACAACUGGAAGCUCACCGGAUAAUGCUCCUUGGAUUCUUGUUGGUGGUUCAUACAGUGGUGCUCAAGCUGGCUGGACUGCAGCAACCUUACCGGGCACUUUCUGGGCUUACCAUGCCUCCAGUGCGCCUGUCGAGGCGAUCUGGGAUUAUUGGCAAUACUUUGUUCCUAUCCAGGAGCGUCUGCCCAAAAACUGCAGUACCGAUUUAGUCAACGUCGUUAAACACAUCGACAGUGUUCUUUUGGGAUCUGAUGAGAAUGCUAAACAGAGCCUUAAGAGCCUGUUUCAGCUAGGUGAUCUGCGUGACGAUGACUUUGCUGAAGCUAUUGUUGCUGGACCUUACCUUGGACAAACUACCUCAUGGGGCCCUUCUGUGGAAUUGUACGGCUUCUGUGACUACAUUGAAAACGUAUAUGCGAACCCUCCCGCAAAUGCCAGUGCCUAUGGUGUCGGCGUGAAAAAAGCUCUGGCCGGCUAUGCACAGUGGUGGAACUCUGUCUACUUCCCUGGAUCCUGCACAUCUUACGGGUACUGGACCUCUAACUAUACCACCGAGUGCUACGACUCGUAUAACUCAUCCAACCCACUAUACGCCGACACAAGUCUCAGUAACACCGCUAAUAAGCAGUGGAACUGGCUAUGCUGCAAUGAGCCUUUUGGUGCUUGGCAAGAUGGCGCUCCCAAGGGAGCUAGUUCCAUUGUAUCCCGCCUUGUGACUGCUAACUACUUCCUCCGUACCUGCGGCACAUACUUCCAAACUGAUGACGGAUAUACUUACGCCAGUGCUAAAGGCAGGCGUUCCGGCGCUGUCAAUGCCUGGUCUAAGGGCUGGUUUGGAACAACUGAACGUGUAAUUUGGGCACAAGGGCAAUAUGACCCCUGGCGUGAAGAAACCGUGUCAUCCGACUUCCGUCCUGGCGGUCCUCUAUCAUCAUCCGACCCCAACCCCAUCUUCGUCAUGGAGGAUGCUAGUCAUUGCUACGAUCUGAUUCUCCAAAACGCCCAAAACAAUGCUGGUGUCCAGCAAGUCGUCGACCAGGAAGUUAAGCAGAUGAAGGCUUGGGUUGCCGAAUUCAAGCCUAGUGGAAAUGGCACUUCAACUGCGCGCCACAGACUACGUCAUUUUUAAAAUGGCGUUUGUAAUAAAAUUUAUAAAAUGAUGCAUCUAAAGACUUGAGAUAACGUUCGAUGGAACUCGGCAUAUAAUCCUACAUAGCCAUCAAUUGACAUAGUGCGCACAAUUUAAAAUUCACUUGUUCUUGACUAUCUUAUGUAAUUUUGAAAGUAUAAAUACUCUUGAUAUUGACAACUACCAAGCAUUGACUCCUGAGAUGAGCAAUUAUAUGAUGCCUCCCAUGAAUUAUUAG